GUGAUAACGAUAUUCGCUCCGUGAACUACUUACUUGUAUAUAUUCCGUUAUUAAAAUACCUUUAAAAUACCGCUUUUAAAAUAAUCGGUAGUAAACUGUGUGAUUUAAUAUCUAUAAAAUGUAUUUUAUUUGUUAGUAUGUGAGAAGCAGCUUACAAUGUUGAAAAGAGGUCCUAUAAAAUUGAUCCAGCUUUUAAGGAAGCAAACCCAAACAGCCUUCUACAGCAAUUUUUCUCAAGAAUCUCUAGUAAUUAGUAAAGAAGUAGGAAAUAAUGCUAUGGCAAUUCUUAAUAGACCAAAAUCUCUCAACGCUCUUACACUUCCCAUGCAAAAUGAAAUGGACAAACUAAUACGAAAAUGGGAAAAAGGAAAAUCGUUAGUUUUAAUCAGGGGUGCAGGUAACAAAGCAUUCAGUACAGGAGGCAACGUGUUAAUAUUUCGGGAUGAAGUGAAGAAAAAUACAGACUACUUAAGGGAUAUCGUUAUUACUCUUAACGCGACUAAUUACUUAGUAUCCAAAUACCAAAUUCCUAUAGUAGGUUUAAUGAAUGGGCUAACUUUGGGUGGAUCUGUGUCAUAUAUUAUGUUUGCGAAAUAUAGAGUAGCAACAGAAAACAGCAUCUUUGGAAUGCCAGAAAUAAAAUUAGGGUUCCAUCCCAAUUCAGGUGCUACCUAUUUCUUUAACAGAUGUGCUGGAAAAUUAGGAUAUUAUUUAGGCUUGACGGGAAAAAUUCUACAAAGUUCUGACAUAGUUAGAGCAGGCUUUGCUACACAUUACUGCAAAAAUAACAAUUUGGAGAAGUUACAAAAUACACUUUUAAAUUGUACAAAUAAGGAUAAUAUUGAGGAUAUAUUCGAAAAUAUUUGUGAAAAACGCUUUCCAGAGUUUACUUUAAAUCCUGUUAUGGAUAGAAUUACCAACUGUUUUUCUGCAACAACUAUUGAAGAUGUCCUUUUAAAACUACAAUAUGAUGGGACACCUUGGGCUAAGGAAACUCUGAACAUUUUAAAUAGGCAUUCUCCAGUGGCCCUCAAAGUUACCCUUAGACAGUUUCUGAAAGGACAAGGCUUGGAUUUGAAAAGCUGUCUUGAGAUGGAGGGCAACAUUUCUAUAAACUUUUAUAAGCAUCCUGAUGUUUUUGAAGGUAUUAGGGUUACACUAGAAGACAAGCAUGACAAUCCAAGUUGGAAUCCACCUAAAUUAUCUGACGUGACUGAAGAAAUGGUGGAUAGAUAUUUUAUUCCAGUGGUUGAAGAUUUGCAGAAAACUUUGUUAAAAGAAGUUGACGAAAGAACUUAAAAAUGUUUGGCUUAUUAUCUACUAUAAUACUUAGAAAUAAUAAAUAUGAUCCCAUUUUUAUCUGAGUUAAGUACGGAUAAGUUUUAUGA